AUGACCACCUCACAGACAUACCUGGAAUCUAAGCUGACAGAUUUCUGCAGUUCCAGCAACAGCCCCUCAUUCCAGCCCAUCGGCAGUCAGAUUCCCAUCCCCACUGCCCAUGUCAUGCCUUCCACGGCUGGACCACCGGCCUCCAAUACCCAGCCCCGUUCUCAAGAAGAUUCCCAGGCUUCUGCCGAGGCACACCGGCCCUCCUCGGGCUCCCGAACCUCCGGUGGAACCUCCAACUCGAAGUCGUCCUCCCUCUCCAAAUCAGCCUCUUCGCCCAACCUGGAUAUGGCACAAGGCGGCGCGGGGCGAGUCGACCCCACCGGGCCCAAGCCGGACUGCCUGAGCCGCUGCCGCAGCCUGGUAAACAGACUAGACCACUCUCUGUUCCCCUCGGGGGACCACUCUUGCAUGGAUGAGGGCCAGAGGUUCAACAUGCCCACAAUGAACCAAUCUGCUCUGCUGGCGGGCUACUGCCCCGACGUCCGACUCAGGCUCCAGAUGACCAGCCUGGGGGAGAUUCCAGAGGGAAGCAGGGAGGCCUACAGGGGUGCCAUGGAGCACUCUUACAAGGCUCUCCCCGAGACAUGGCCGGGGGUCCCCAGAGCUCCAGACCCCUACAGCCAGAGGAGCAGCCAGCCAGGUGGAACUGGGGCUGUGUCAGCAGGUGUGUACCCAAGCUCUCUGUAUCUGCUGAGGGAGGCCAAGGCCUAUGAACCCAUGCUGCAGGAGAGAUGCAGCAAGCUGCCCAGCUGGCAACAGCAGCACAAGCAGCAGCUGGAGAGUCUCCGCAUGCAAAUAGAGCAGAUGCAGAUGAUGACUGCUGGGGUGGGCCAGUACCCUACUCUCUACUCCACCCCCCCCAUGCCACCAGAGACCAGGAAGUGGGACGAGGUGAUCAAAGCCAACGAGAGCAUUCUGAAGGAGAAGGCGCUCGCCAUAGAGAGACAGAAGCAGCAGAUGUCUCAGCUGGAGCUGCGGGAGAGUGAGCUGCAGGUCCACGGAGCCCUGCUCGGCCGCGGCGCUCCUACUGGCGCCACGUGUCUGCUCCAACUGCAGGAGGCUCAGAGGGAGAAUGCCUUCCUACGGGCCCAGUUUGCAGAGCGAGGUGACUGCGCCGCCCUGGAGGAGGCAGAGCGCAGCCUCGGUGCCGUGGAGGCGGAGACGCGGCGUCUGAACGAUGCGCUGAGGGAGACCAGCGAGAGGCACGCAGAGGAGAUGAAGAAGCAGGAGGAGAGGAUUCGCAGCCGGGACAAGCACAUCAACAGCCUGAAGAAGAAGUGCCAGAAGGAGGCAGAGCAGAACCGAGAGAAGCAGCAGCGCGUCGAGACUCUGGAGUGCUACCUCGCUGACCUGCCCACAAUGGAGGACUACCAGGGCCAGAACAAACAGCUGUCGGAGGUGGAGCAGCGGGCGUUCCAGCUGCAGGGCCGGGUCAGAGAGCUGGAGGUGUGUCUGGAGGAGGCUCCCUCACACACCCGGGAGAGGGACACCCAGCUGGAGGAGAAGAGACGCAGGGAGAGGGAGCUGCUCACCACUGUCAUCAGUUUACAAGAGCGGGUGCAGGAGGGCCUGGAGGAUGGGGCAAGGUUACCCUCCCUGGAUGUGGAGAAACACAGAGGGGAGAACAGGAGCCUACGAGAGGAACAGCAGAGACUUAAAAAGGUCAUAGAGAAGCAGCUGAGGAUGACGACGAAACUGGGCACACAGAUCUGGACCCUGGAGGAGCAGGGGUCUCAGGAGGAGAGCGGCUCCCAUGCUCUGAGAGAGGAGGUUUGUUCUAAAGAGCAGGGUUUGCUCCAGCUCCGCACAGCCAUGAAGGAGCUGUCGGCCCAGAACCAGGAACUAACGGAGCAGAACCUGACCCUCCAUGAGCGUCUGGAGGACUCGGAAAAGGUGAACCUGGACCGGACGUCGUCCUCGCUGCGGCCGGCCGGGGCCCGCCUCACCCAGCGUCUCCACGGGGAGAUGGCCUCAUGCCUCUGCGACCUGCGCUCCCUCUGCAACGUCCUGACCCAGCGGUCACAGGGCCGAGACCCCAACCUCUCGCUGCUGCUUGGCGUUUCCUCUCUCCGGCCCAUGGCAGAGCAGGUGGAGGACUGGCUGAGUCCUGAGGUCCUCCAGAGGAAGUUGACUGAAGCCCAGCAGCUGCGUCGUGAUGUGGAGGAGCUCCGCACCACAGUCUCAGACCGCUACGCCCAGGACAUGGGAGAGAACUGCAUUACCCAGUAGCCCCAGCUGCUAGCUUCUCUAAAACAGACUGAACCAUCAGCCUAAUGGGGUAAGGCUUCCAUAUUGGCCUUGCUUCUUCUACUCUCUUCAUUGAGUAUGAACUGGAAUCUCAUGUUGGCCCUUUGGGGAAGGAAUCCUUGAUCGGGGUCAUGCAUUUCAGUCAAAGGGCUUACGGUGGAAGAACUGUUCUCAAACCAGUGUGUUUUUUUUGUUUUUAUAAAUGUUUUACUGAUACGUGUGUCUUUGUUGUCAAAGAUGCCCUUCGCUCUUUUUAUGACACACAU